AUGAACCACCUGACUUUACUGAUUGCUUCAGGGGAUACACAGGAGAUUGAUCUUGGAUUCCUUGAGCAGCUCAAACCAUUCUGGGAGGCUCUCAAGACACAGAGCGAGAAAGCUGAGAGAGAUGGCUUUUCCAUAGAUCGCUUCGGGGGUAUGGUGACCUACGUAUGCUCCAUGUAUGGCGUCGCUACAUUCUUUAUCGCUAUACUCUUGAACCGUACAUCCAUAAUUGCUUCCACACACAGACAAGGAAGGAGCUCCAGACGAAGAAGACGCAUCAGUGUGCUAUUGGAUAGCUUUCUUCUGCAAUCAAUUGUUCUCAGUUCCAUGCGCCUAUUGUCAUUGGGACUAAUGUUAGUACAGGUAAAGAACAUAUUGACAACAUUAUGGGUGGUACAGAAAACGAGCAGUCCUGAAACGAUAUCCCGCUUAACAAAAUGGGUGCCCACGCGUUUCUUCGAGUAUAUCCCAGAGCAACAUGUUUCAUCGAAGUUCAUGAGUAUGCCCAGAGAUGAAGUGAGAUUUGGACCUACAUCGGCAAUGCUCUGGCCAUUUUUCUGUAGCAUCUGUUUCUCGCUUUUUACAGAAACAUUUUGUUCCGCCAUAUCAGGAUCCAAGCCCCGUAUUACGGGAGCUGCUACGCUAUUUGAGAUCUCAGUAGCUUGCCAAGAAAUGAGUUCGGGAUUUCUCCCUCUAGGAGUCAAAAAGGUUGCGAAAAGACCAUCAGAGUAUAUCUUGCUAACGUGUCUUCUUGUUCUCGCAGAAAACAUUUGGAAUCAAGUCAUUGGGAUCUUUAAUAGACCAAAUUACCGAUUGAUCGGUCUGACAAUAGCGAACGCACUAUUUAUAUGGUUCUUUGUCUCAACACCAAGCGCAAUUUUUAGCUUCCCUUCACCGUUCAUUCUUUCAUUUGCCAUUAUUGUCGUUGUUUUGACAGUAAUAAUGAUUGCCCUAGCAAUUUUCUUGUUAGCGGUCUUGGCUAAAGCGCAAAAUAUUGAAGAUCUAAAUUACGCUAGUUACAUAUGGAGUGCUGAUGACGAUUCCGGUUUCUUUGAGAAACACUUAAAUGUGUCUUCCUCCCAAGAUUUCUUUACUGCAUUGAUGAACAUUGGAUUGUUUGCUGUGUCACUGGCGGGCAAAUCAAGUUACAUUACAGAAUAUAAUGGCAUUAUCCAUGGAAAUAGCACGUGGCUAGAAGAAGGCUUAUGGGCGAAGGUGAAGGCGCAGUUCAAAGUGGACAACCUAUCUUCAAGCUCGAAUUUGGUCCAAGACGGUAAGGUCCUUGCUUUUCUCAAGGCAAAUAAUAUGACGGGAUAUGCAAACAUUUUGAACUCACCAUUUCCUGGCUUGAUAAAAGACUCAGAACUAGCAGUUGACAAAUCCAAAAGAUUGAGCACUAUUAAAAUGAGAUGCAUUUACACCAAAGCGAUCUUAGAACGAUUCGUGCUGCUAGUAUACUCUUUGACAAUCAGGUAUGCUAUUUACAAGUUUACCCCCCAGUGGCUUAAGAAAAAGCUCGGUCAUAGCCAAGAUGAGAUUUCUUUGCUGCAAGAAAAUGAGCUCAGUCUACAGAAAAACAAAGCCCCAGCUUUUGUUCGCCCCUUGAUGGAAUCAAAGAAUACAACAGACAAGAAUGAGACUUUCAACUUGGAGGGUAUUGCAGAUGAGACGUUGGCCGAACAGUAUGCUGCUAUUCUUAAAGAGAAGGAAUUGGAAGAGACAGAUACCUCUCCCGAUUUUAUUCUCAAUUACGAAGGGGAGCUGGAAUCUGAUCUCGAAUCAGAUAUAGAGCUGAUUGAUAUAGCUCAGGGUCGAGUGUUAAGAGCCACGAACGUGUCAGAUGCAUUAGGAGAACUCAUGACUCCGGACAGCAUGCAAGAGUUGUUGCAAGAAGAGAAUCUAGCGAUAUUACGUCUGCAUUUGGAAUACGAAUCUGGGGGAAGAGGGGUGAUGACAAGGUCACAGUAUAAAAAAACCUACACAUCGAAGAUUCAGCAAGAUGAAUCUACAAAGCUUUUGGAUCUCCUUCUCUCCAAAAGAAAACCGCCUACAGAGGAUGAUAAAAAUGGCGAGGAAGAUGAUGAGGAUAUUGAUCCACGCUUUGCUUGUGUCAUUUGCCAGGUUUCACCGAGAGAAAUAAUCACUUGGCCGUGCAAAUGCUUUAGCAUCUGCGAAAGUUGUAGAUUGAGCUUGGUCUCUAAGGGCAUGGAAGGAUGCGUGACAUGCAGGCGUGAUGUUGAAGGUGUGUCGAGGGUAUAUAUUCCUUAA